GAAAAUACUAAAAUACUAAAUAAAAACCUGUGGGGUGUAAUUAAGUUUCACAUUUUUUCAAAAAUAAUUUUUACGGAUUAGAUUAAUUACUUAUCUUUCUUACUAAAAUAUUAUAAAAUUUAUUAAAUAGAUAUUAAUUUUACUCUUUGUUUUUAUAUGUACAUAUAUCAACGUACAAUAAAGUAAGUAAACCAGAAUAGUAUUAUAGGCUAUUAAGUAUCAUAAUAUAUCAUUAAAAUGUAAUCUUACUUAUGUUAAUUUAUGUUGUCUAUAAUACAAAGUAGUAUUUCAAAUAAAUUGUUUCAAAUUUAUAAUUGGAGAAUAUGGUAUUGACAUUUUAUUUGUCUUAGCUUAUACAUAAUUAAUUUUUAUGGAUUUAAUUUGGUAAUCUAUGCUAUAAUGCUAAUUGCCAUAGGUACCUAAAUAAUUUAAUAUUUUUUAUUUCUUUAUAUUCUAUUUUUUUUAUAUGGGUGUGCCUAAUGUACUGGACCCAUGGGCUACUUUAGCCCAGAUCUGCAAGUGCUUUCGUUGAAAAUUGCAAUUGCAUUAUAACCUAGUUCAGUAUUUUGUUGAAUUGCGUUAGCAGUUCAGCUAAUCUGCUGAUCUGCUCUCAAAUCCUUAAAACUUUAUCAGAAAUCACGAAAUUUUGUAUAUACAUGAUAAAUUCUACCAUAUUUAAAUAAUCUGUAAGUUUCGAGUACUAGUAUAGUACUAUAUACUAUUGAGCUUAAGUAGUCCGUGGCCUCAGCUUAGCAGUUCAGCAAAUUCGACCACCACCAUUUCUAAAGUUCAGUUCCAGCUUUUGGAUUAAUGUAAUAUAAACAAGUCCACGUAUUGUCAAUACAACACACUUAUCAUAAUACAGAGUAAUUACAAUUUUAAAUUAUAACUUUAAUCAAAAUAAUGAAGUGUAUUAUUUAAUAUCUAGUUAUAGACACAUGUAAUUUAGCAUUAUAUAUUCUGUUAAUAAAACACAUUAUUUUUAAUAGUUAGCAAAAAUAUUACACAAGUACUGAAAGUAAAAUUAUUUUUAAAAAAAAUAUGUUGUUUAAUCUUUGGGUUUAAAGUUUAGGAAAAAAUAUUCCAAGUCCAAAAGCUAGAGGUGAACCUGGUAAUACCCUUAGGUAAAGUUAAGUUUACUGAUACUAAUAAAUUUAAUUUGUACAUUCAUCUAAUGAUGCUAAUAGUUAAUAAAUUAGAGACCAUGAAUUUAAAGAUAAAUUAAUGUAAUUGUCUACUAUUCUAUUUUGUAAAAAUUAUAGAACAUAAAAUAAUGAUAUUACAAAUGUAAUCUUAUUUUUUUCAGUUUCCAAAAUGUUGCCAAUGAGAAUAUUACGCACUUGUUAUACAUGUCGACUUAAAACACUUUCAUGCAGAAGUAUGACUAUUGUAACAUCCAAAACAAAUGUUAUUCCAGAAGACAUACAAAAAUUGUCAAAAGAGUUAAAUUUAAACAAUGAAGAAUUAGCUAAAGUUUUCAAUAAUCAUCAGAACAAAUUAAGAUAUUCUAAAAAACAGUGGCUAAAGUUUUUUGAUUAUUUGAGUCAAUACGAUUUUAAAAAAUCUCAAAUUUUAGAAAUGAUUGAUUCAAAUCCAGAUUUAUUAAGGGUAAAUAACAGUAAUUUACACAAAUGUAUGAGUGUAUGGACUAAUUUACGUUUUGAUGACCAAAAAUUAAAACAAUUAAUAGUUAAUCAACCUUGUUGUUUGUUGUUGGAUGAUAAGGAUUUGUUAUCCAGAAUCCCUAAACUUUUGGCAUAUGUUGGAAAUAAACGUAAUUGGUUGUUAGAACUAAUAUCAUAUUCCCCAAAUGUUUUGUUUGAUAGUUGGACACACCUUGAAGCUAAACUUGAUUAUGUUAUGCUAAAUAUGGAAUUUGGCCCUACUCAAUUUGUAACAACUAAUGUGAUGUCUUCAAAACUUUUUGACAUAAAAUGUAGACAUAGUUUUUUAGUAAAACUUGGUAUGUUCAAACCAAGAGAUCCAAAAGCUGAAAAGUCAAAUCAAAUAACUGGUAAUCCUUCAUUAAAGAGAAUUAUGGAAACAAAUGAUAAGCAGUUUGCUGUUAAAGUUGCUGGAGUAACUACUGAAGAAUUUGUUGUCUAUAAAAAAAUAUUUGAAAAACAAUUUGACGAAAAUGAAGAUGAUUCAGAUCAAGAGGAAUUUAACUUAGAUUGAUAAUUAUAUACAAAUGUGUAUUGAAGAUAAUAUAUAUUAAUCAGUUGCAUUAAUGCCUACAUAAUCUAAAAAUGGAUUGUGAAAAUUUAUUUAAUUAUAAUUUUAAAAUAAUAAGUAAAAACAAUGUACUGAGUUAAAUUUUAAGUUGAAUUCAUUUAUAGAUUAUUAAAUUGAUUUUAAGGUGAUUUUUUUUUGUUUUAAAUUAAAUUAAUAUUGUUGAAUAUCAACUGAUAUACAUUUUUGUUUUUAAAUAUUAAGCAGAGUAAGAAG